CUUAAGAUAUGAAGCAAAGCAGAAGCCACUGAACAUCAGACUGGCUUUAUUUUUACCUGAUUUUCAGACUCUGAGGGUUAUAACUUCCAGAUUUUCACAGCUGGAAUUCUGCAAAAAUGUCUUGUUUAUGGUAAGAGGAUCUGAACAGGGUACACGUAUUAAACAUGGAAGAAGAAGAAGAUGACUAUAUGUCUGAUUCUUUUAUUAAUGUGCAACAGGAUAUCAGGCCAGGAUUGCCAAUGGUGAGGCAUGUGAAAGAAGCUAUUCAAAAAGAAGAAAAGCAGAGGGAAGCUAACCAGAAAAAUAGACAAAAGAGCCUAAAAGAAGAGGAAAGAGAGAGACGUGACACUGUGUUGAAAAAUGCUUUAGGAAAUGAAAACAAAGGCUUUGCUUUGCUCCAAAAGAUGGGGUACAAAAGUGGGCAGGCCCUUGGCAAGAGUGGAGGCGGCAUUGUUGAGCCUAUUCCUCUGAACAUUAAAACAGGCAGAGGUGGCCUUGGUCAUGAAGAAUCACAAAAGCGGAAAGCAGAAGAAAGGCUAGAAAACUACAGAAGAAAGAUUCAUAUGAAAAAACAAGCAGAUGAAGAUGCUGCAGAUCAGUUUAGAAUGAGAUUCAAAAGCAAACAAGAAGAACGUAAGAUAGAAGGGGACCUUAGAAAAAGCCAGAGGGCCUGUCAGCAAUUAGACACACAAAAGGAUAUUAAAGUUCCCAAGGAGAUUUGGUACUGGACAGAACCUGAGCAAGAAGAAAAGGAUCAAGAGGAGGAAGAAAAGGAUGAAUACAAAGGUUCAGACUUAAGUGUAUUAGAGAAAUUACAAAUCCUGACUGCCUAUUUAAGAGAAGAGCAUCUUUAUUGUAUCUGGUGUGGAACAGCAUAUGAGGAGGCUGCAGAUUUAUCUUCAAACUGCCCUGGAGAUAGUUCAGCAGAUCACGACUAAAAUCUUUGUAAUAAAAGGAACUCUGGAAAAAUA